GUAGAUUCCAUCUGUUCAGCUCUCUACUGUGUGCCCAGAACUAGUGGACCAGUAGGGAGGCUCACUGUGCUGUUCGUUAUUAACCACUCAUUACAGUUGAAAAAACUCCUUGAGACAUACUGACCCGACUGAGCACCUGUGCACUUCUUUGUCUCCACAAGACGUGGGAGGAAACAAGACAACACAGAGACAAACUCAAGCAAAAAGUCCCCAUCUCUCUCUGAAUAUCAUGCAUUUUUAUUUGCUUCGACCCAAGCACUCAGUGAAGAUAGCAUUUUCCGGUUUUCUGUGUUUGUCUUUCAUCAUACACUUCUACAUCAGCUACACAACGACGACACAUUCCCCUAAACCUCCCGAGGGAAGCGUGGGGAAACUCAGAGGAUCUGUCCCUGACCAGACCACCUUGUUUACAAAUUCCUCUGUCCACAAAUGUCCUCCUGGAUUUUACAGCAUGCAGGAGCUCAGGCCUCACAUUCAGAGGCCUUACCAAAGUCACUGGAAACCCGGAGCAGACGGCAAGCCAUUCGUGUGGGGCUCUUUGACUACUGAGGAACAGAAAGAGGAAUCAAGUGGUUUUAAGAAAAACCAGUUCAACCAGUUUGCCAGCGAUCGCAUCUCUCUGCACCGGGAUCUGGGAAAAGACACACGGCCUCCAGACUGCUUGAAGCAGAAGUUUUUGAGAUGUCCCGGCUUUCCAACCACCAGCGUGAUCAUAGUGUUUCACAACGAGGCCUGGUCCACUCUGCUCAGGACCGUCUACAGCGUCCUGCACACAGCUCCUGCUGCUCUGCUCACAGAGAUCUUACUGGUGGACGACGCCAGUACAGAUGAUUUCUUGAAGACUCCUCUGGAUGAAUAUGUGCAGAAGCUGCGAAUAGUGCGUGUCCUGCGUCAGAAGGAGAGAAAAGGCCUGAUCACAGCCAGGCUGAUGGGGGCUCAGGCUGCACAGGGGGAAGUCCUUACCUUCCUAGACUCCCACUGUGAAUGUUUUCCUGGCUGGCUGGAGCCUCUUCUGGCUCGAAUAGUUGAAGAGCCCAGGGCCGUGGUGAGCCCGAGAAUCACGUCUAUCAAUAAUCGCAGCCUGAGAUUUCAGAAACCGCAGCCUAAACCGCAAAACUACAGCCGGGGAAAUUUUGAUUGGGGACUCAAGUUUGGAUGGGAACGUGUUCCAGACGAAGAGAAGAAGCACAGGAAGAAUGAGACAUACCCUAUUAGAACGCCUACCUUCGCUGGUGGUCUGUUCUCUAUUUUGAAAUCCUACUUUGAGCAAAUUGGAUCCUAUGAUGACCAGAUGGAGUUCUGGGGAGGGGAGAAUCUUGAAAUGUCUUUCAGGGUUUGGCAGUGUGGAGGCCUGUUAGAGAUCGUUCCUUGUUCUGUUGUCGGCCACAUUUUCCGCAAGAAGAGCCCUCACAGGUUUCCAAAUGGUAGCACAACCAUCCUCCGCAACUUGGUGCGUCUGGCUGAGGUCUGGAUGGAUGACUACAAGUGGAUCUUCUAUCGUGCAAACAGAAAGGCUGCCUUAAUUUUUCGAACAGACUCAUACGGCGAUGUUUCUGAGCGCCGUAAACUCAGAGAAGAACUUAACUGCAAGAACUUUUCUUGGUACCUGAACAAUAUUUACCCAGAGGCAUAUGUCCCUGAAAUCAGGCCCAUCAUCUAUGGACAGUUAAACAACACCAGUUUCGGCUGCCGGCUGGAUGUGGGAAGAGUCAAAAACCGCUGGAAGGAGGGCCAAAUCUUCAAAUGUAACAACCGAGGCGAAGCUCAGUAUUUUGAGUAUACCUCCAAGAGAGAGAUUCGACUCAGUGCUGGCAAUCAGUUGUGCUUACAUGCAGACUCUGAAAUGGCUUUGGUUUUUCUUGAGCUGUGUGAAUCGAAGGGAGAAGCAGCACAAGAGCAAGUCUGGAUCUUCACAGAGAAAAACCAAAUGAAGAACCCUUUAUCAAGCAAGUGUUUGUCAGUCGCCGGUGGCAACGUGAUUUUGUCUAAAUGCAGAUCCACCUCAGAGAACCAGAGCUGGGUCUUCAUCCGAGCGAAGUAAGAGGCUCCGAGCAUGUGGCCUGCCUCUGCUACCAGUGUUUCCUGAAUAAGGUUUAAACAUAAACAAAUAAGACAAAAUGGUUCCAAUUAAUCAAAUCUUUGCAUUGUGGUAUUAAUGCUUAUCCAGAUAAAAGUCCAGAGGCUUUUAUUUAAACAUAAAAAUGUGUUUUUUUUUCUCUUUUUUCCCUCCUUGUGGCUCAGACAGGAGAUUAUUGUAGACACAAAUCAGUGCUGGUAUUCAGUCAGUUCAGCAUACAUGUCAGAGUAGCAUAUUUCUGCCAGGCAUCAAGUCCACCAUGUUUAGAGAAUCCAACAAUCCAGCAAGGUAUAAAUAAGUAUUUUUUCCUAUGAUUCAGAUGUGUUUGAUGAUCUGACAUGUAAAUUGUUGCCAGGGUGUCUUACUGUUGUCAAAAACAAACGUAUGGUGAUCUGACAGUCAGUUUAGCUUACUAAAAACAAAGUGUAUGGUAUGCAGUGGUUAGUUUGUGCUGUAUGGAAUAGUGAGCAUUUGAAAGUAUGAACUCAAUAUGAAUGGGUAUGUAUAAAGUUUAAUAAUAUUAUUUGAAGUCAAGUAUAUAUAUAAUUUAUGUAACUCAUUGUAGCCACUUUUUGACCAGCACAAUAAAGUCAUACAU